AUGUGCAUCCUCCUCUCAUCAAGGUGCUUCCUCUCUUCGUACUUCCUCUCUUCAUCAAGGUGCCUCUCUCUUCUCUUCUUCAAUGCUUCCUCUCUUCCAAAGUACUUCCUCUCUUCUCAAGAAUCAAUGCUUCCUCUCUUCAACAAAGUUUCCUCUCUUUCAUCAGAUUGCUUCCUCUCUUCAUCAAGAUGCCUUCCGUCUCCUUUCAUCAAGAUGCUUCCUCUCGUGAUUCUCUUCAUCAAGGUGCUUCCUCUCUCUUCAUCAAGGUGCUUCCUCUCUCACAAGUCUUCCUUCUUCAUCAAGGUGCUUCCUCUCUCUCAAGAUGCCUUCCUCUCAUCAAUCAAAGUGCUUUACUCUUCUUCAUCAAAUGCUUCCUCUCUUCAUCAAGGUGCUUCCUCUCUUUCAUCAAGGUGCUUCCUCUUCUUCAUCAAAGGUGCUUCCUCUCUUAUCAAUGUACUUCCCUUCUUCAUCAAGAUGCUUCCUCUCUUCAUCAAAUGCUUCCUCUCUUCAUCAAGGUGCUUCCUCUCUUCAUCAAGGUGCUUCUCUCUUCAUCAAGGUGCUUCCUCUCUUCUUCAAAUGCAGCUUCCUCUCUUUCAACAAAGUACUUUCCUCUCUUGCUCAAGAUGCACUUCCAUACGUCCUCUCUUCUUCAAAGUGCUUCUCUCUUCAACAAAGUACUUCCUCUCUUCAUCAAGGUGCUUCCUCUCUCUUUACAAGUACUUCCUCUCUUCUAUCAAAUGCUUCCUCUCUUCAACAAAGUACUUCCUCUCUUCAUCAAGUGCUUCUCUCUUCUUCAAAGUACUUCCUCUCUUGAUCAAAGGUGACUUCCUCUCUUCAUCAAGGUGCCUCUCCUUCGUGUUCUUCGUCUUCAUCAAGAUGCUUCCUCUCUUCAACAAGUGCUUCCUCUCUUCAUCAAGAUGA